UAUGGCUCUCAAUCCUCUGAGCAAGGAGCUGAACAGAACCGGUUACGGCUACCGGAUGACCACUGGGCAUGGUGAGACUGCCAAACGUCAGCUUAUCAGUCAUCUACUUUACAUGGAUGAUCUGAAGCUGUAUGGCAGAAACUCUGGUCAGUUGGACGGGUUGUUGCACACGGUUCGUACCUUCUCUGAUGACAUCCAGGUGAAGUUUGGUCUGGACAAAUGUGCUGUUGCACACUUUGUCAACGGCAGGCUAUCUGGACACAACUCUGGAGUGACGGUAGGAAAAACGGACACCAUCAACUGUCUGGAACCAUGUCAAGUCUACAAGUAGUUGGGUGUAGAUGAGAGUAACGGUAUUGAGCACAGCAUGAUGCGGGAGAGACUCCGUCGUGAGUACUUGCGCAGAGUGAAGGUGGUUCUCCGGACUGAGUUGUAUGGUCGGAACAAGAUUCUAGCCAUCAAUGGGUUUGCACUACCGGUUCUCACUUACGGUUUUGGCGUCAUUCAUUGGGGGUGCACGGACCUGCAGCAGCUCCAUCGACGGACCAGAAAGCUCCUCUCUAUGCACGGUGUCCACCAUUCUGCUGCAGACGUUGACCGACUGUACGCUCCUUGCAGCGAGGGGAUGAUACGGGAGUGUUUGAAGGUCUCCCACCGCAUCACAACUACUCUUGUUGGAUGACGUCAUCGACAAGGAGAUCAAAGUAUUGCGCAAGCCCCGAGGUAAACGUUAUGUGUCGUCCAAGAGAUGGCCUUACUACGACUUACACACCAAUCAACGAUAAGAAUUUGCGGAAUACGACCAGUCCAACACCAAAUAGAAGACAAAAUGCAACGAAAAAUGCGAAAAGCAACAACACAGAAGAUACAAAUGAAAUAUUAAGGUCGUCAUCUACUACUGAGUCACCAACCAUAGCUAGCUACCUAGCAUCGUCGUUAGCAAACAGUCUGGUAGUAGCGAUUGUUGUCGCCGUUUCUGUACUGCUUGGUUUGUCAAUAGUGACUCUCAGCACACUUGUUUGGAAAUGUGGUCUCGUCUCAAAAUAUUUGCCUAAAAGAGAUCUGUUUAAUAGAAGAUACCUUCCGUGUUGUUCCAGUUCCAGCUCUCCAAAUGAACAGAUGAAUCUAAUUCUGUUGACAAUAAGAGAAGAAAUCCAAACGGCUAUUUCGAAUGCAAUCCGAGAGAGUGACGCAAAGCUAGCACGCAUGUUGAAGCCUUUACUGGAUGCUGCAAAGAAUCAGGCUCCUAGUAAUGAAGUUGUUCCUUGCUUGUCCACAACUAUUCAGUCACUGAGAGAAUAUGACAAUCAGAAAUACGUGGAGAUCAUUGACAUGUUGGAGGAGUUGGGUAGGCGAUUGGACGAGUUGGAUAAGCGAUUGCAGGGCUCGUUUGAAACUAGAUCCGAAACGACUGUCUGACAUAUCAAAAUACAGUUUUCAUAGCAUACAGGUACAUGUAUGUGCACUCCUAGCUUGACAUAGCGUUAGUAUAGUCUAGUGUAUGGAUAGACUGAGCAUUCGUGUGUUAGCAUCUAUUUAGAGUAGCGGUGAGCCAGUUGUAAUUGUAGUUAGACAAGCUGUCUA